GGGCCGGAUUGCAACCAGUAGGAACCCACCCACCAGACGCUGUACAUUGCCCACAGCAGAAUUGGGCCUAAAUCUACCCGUCCGCUUCGAAGCCUACUUGUCGAACUUCGACCGGUUUUUUGGCAACUUAAGUUUGACCUAUAAAACGGCUUAUUUACCAGCACCUUUUCCCGAUUUUGCUCUGCAAACCCUAAGCAGAUAGAUCAGAGAGGAAGGAGACCCACAAACCCAACAACUCUAGCCAUGGAUUCCACUGCUCGAAGAAGCGGAGGUGGUCUUCUCGAAGGCCUCUACAGAGUUAUCAUGCGCCGCACCUCCGUCUAUGCUACCUUCGUCAUCCUCGGCGCCUUCGCUGGAGAACGUGCUGUGGAUUAUGGAGUUCAUAAGCUCUGGGAGCGCAACAAUGUUGGGGUAUUACAACCUACGCUUUUGUUUUGUUUUCUAAACGUGGAUCAGCAUUUAUUUUUAUGCACUUGUCAAUAUAUUGUGUUGCUCGGGUUGCUAAUUUCCUUCUCAUGCCUAUUGUCAUAGGAAUGUCUAUUGGGUGGCUUAAGUAAUGUUUCAUUCUUUAAUACUCAUUUUUGAAGUUUUUAUGACCAAAUAACGAUCUCAGAGGUUAUAAUUUUCA